GGAGUAGUGAAUCAACAGAGACAACAAGUGCAGCUUGUUCAAAUAGAAUUAACCGAUUGAUGCAGUUUUCAGGAAACUACCAGAAUUGCCGUUUGCUUCCGACUUGCGGUGAUCGAUCGGUUACCGUUAGUGAAAUGCUCAUCAAUUAUUACUUCCUUGUAUGACAAACUGAUCUACUUGUUAGCACAAUUUUCACCGUACAACGUCACGCAAUUCAGGACUUUCAAAGUUUCAUCUUUGAAAGAAAGUAACUCUCCCCCCAAAAAGUUGGUGAAAUUGAGACAUUUGUUUUCGUGAGCUACUCUCGUCGCUACAGUAUAUAAGAGUUAACUCAUUUCAAUGAGUAGUCGAUAUCUGUCUGGCAAACAAGUCGUUUCAUCCAUUUUUGCUUUCAUUCAUUGUUUUCAUCCAAUUGCCACUCGAAAAAUGAUCCAUUCUGUUCUAUUGGUGGUCUUUGCUUCAUUGGUGGUUAGUGUGUUGUCCGAUCCAUCACCCGAGCCGGCCGAGUUGAAACCCGUUUACGGUCCUCAACCCAAGUACGAGAAAAUUGAAAUUCCUCACUGUGCCAAAAACACGACAAAGGCCUGGUGUCUCGAAGACUCUGAAUAUCCUCAGUACGAGAUCCAACAAGCCCUGGAACGUCACUACCAGGCUGGCGUAUUAGACUUUUACAAGGAUGUGCUGGCCAAGACUUCCAGUUCGGUUGACGGAAUCGAUAAGUUAAACGACGAGGUUUACCUUUGCCCGAGUUCCACCGGUUACGUCCAACCUCUUCGAGCCAUCAACGUCGAAGGCAAAUGGCGAACCAUCGUCAAUCGGGUCGAAUCUUAUGGCAUAAAGUACACGCAAACUGCUCGUGUAGAAGAGUGUAAUGUUGUCGUUGGCACCAGUUGCUCGUUGGUGCCUUCUUGUUACCAAUCGAAAUGCGUCCAGAAGGCUGUGUUCCAUCGCUUCUUAGUUUACGAUGCCAAUGAGUACACUUUCCCAUUCUCGCUUGAAAAAUUUAGAUUGCCCGGUUCGUGCAGCUGCGUUGUAGGUGCCUUCCACCUUUAAAAUUGAUGUGCAAUCUGUCACCAAAUCCUCGGCUUAGACUUCCUUUUACACUAAAAUUAGCUGUUUGAAUACACGAAAAACCUAAUUCCAAUUCUAAA